UUCAUGUGAAGGGGGAGGACACCUGCCAGCUGUGUAUGCUCGUGGCGCAGCACAACCACCAAAUGUACAAAGUAGUUAUUAGCGCAGAACGUCAACAAAACUUUAGAUCUCCCAGGGUUUGUGGCGUUGGUUGGGAGAUGUUUUAAGCUGCCAAGAGAUUUUUCAUACCUAACUGUGUGGAACUAAACGGCACAAUGGCAAGCAAUAAAAAACCAGUUGGUGUGAACUUUGAGAAGAUUUUGCAAAGUUUACAAGGUGAUGUUCAGGAGAUGAAGACAGAGUAUGAUGAAACAUGUCUGCCUAUAAAUGAUGACAAUAAGCAUCUUCACCAGUUUUGUGAUCGACUGGAGUUCAUCUUUAACUUUAAUAUGAUAGAGGGUAGCAGUUUUCUGAGUGGACGGAAGGAUGUAUGGCAGUAUUUCUGUAAAUGUUUAGCCAAUAGACGCAACAUUCAUGAUGGGCUUAAAAUCGUCAAGGCAAAUACUGAGCUGAAGACUAGUAUAGGCCGUUUCCGCUGCUUUGUGCGGUACUGUCUCGUGCACCAGUGUUUGGGUGACGUAGCUCAGCAAUGUGUUGACAACAAAAACAUAACACGUCAGUUCUACCAAGAAGGUGCCCUGACCCUCAACCUGCAACUCCUCCCCACUCUCCUUGGCUGCUUGUACCAGCUUUGUGAUAUUCCAUUUGAUCUUCCACCCUCUGGCCAUGAUCUGGAUGUCUCAUGGCCCACCUUCACCAGGCUUGGAGCAGCAGGUGGAUGGAGACCCCCAAGCCGCACCAUGUCACUCUCCUCUCUCUAUUCUCACGUCUCGCAGCUGAGUGAGGCUGUGGGUAUACAGUCCCCAAACAGCCCCACCAUGGCUCCUGUGGGUGAGGAUGACCCUCAGGGAAUCAUAGACUCUGCAUUGGCCAUGGAAGAGAACACCUCAGAGGUAGCUGUCCUUAACCAACGCCUGAUUUCCCUUGAACAGGACAAUGACAUGCUGCGUGCAUCAUGUUCUGCCCUUCAGUCCCAGUUAGAUCAGGUUAAGAGUACAGAUGCAGUAGUGCCGUCCACUGGUAUGGGUGAGAAUAGUCAGGUAAUUUCCUCAGCAAAUGACAGAUGUCAUCAGUGUGAACUCUUGACUGAGGAACUGAGGGUCACCAAGUCUCAGAAUGAGGACUUGGAGAAUCUCAGACGCCAACUGGAAGAACAGGUCUGUUCUCUCCAGUUACAGCAAGAUCAGUUUGAAGCUCAAGAAAAAGAUCUUAACAGUGAGAUUAAAUGCUUGCAAGAAAAACUGAACCAGGCACAUAUUGCCAGUAGAACUUUAGACAGUUGUGUGUCAGGUGUGACAGAAACAGACAAUGUGCCAGAUUUGCCUGUUGUAACUGUUGGGUCAGAAAAAACACAAGUACCAGACUCUGACGGGUCAGAGUCUCACGUUGCCACAGACUCCACAGUCAGUGCUCAGGAAUCAUUGGAACAGUGCCAAUCAAUGUUAAGGGAGCUGGAGAAAGAAAACAAGCUGCUACAGGAGCAGUGUAAUGCUGCAGAGGUAGAGAAGACCAUGCUGAGAACAAAUAUAAGGAAGGUGAGUGCUAACUGGUUUGAACGCAAGACUCGACUGAGUGAUAGUGACUCCGAGUCUCACCUAGGUGGUGAAGGCCUCUCUGUGCAUCAGGACUUCUCUUGUAGCAAAAAUGAGAUUGGGGUGCAGGUGCCAGAUUUUGUGCCAGAGAAGUGUAGUUUGUUUAAGAAAAUGGAGGAUGUUCCCAAUCUUUUAGCAGAACUCUCAUAUACUACAGACAAACUUGAUCUCACUGAGAGAAUGUGUAGUGAACUUAAAAGGCGUGUAAAAGAAUAUGAAAAUGUUAUUGAUGAUCAAGAAGUAGUUAUUCAUGGCUUAAAAGAUCAACUAGAUACUUAUUUCAAUGAUAACCGAAAAAUGUCAGAACAGCUACGUACCUUAAACAAACUGUUUGAAGAUCUUGAGUUGACUGAGAAAAGAAAAGUGAACAAUGUCAAUCCUCCAGACACCAUCAGUACAGUGUUUAGUAGCCUUCCUUCAGAGGAAGACUUUAAGGAAAUGUCACAUAGUGUCAGCAAAACCUACACUAAAUUAAAAGAGCUUAUUAUGGAGAAGAAAUCCCUUGUUACUGAAAUUGAGAGAUUAAAAGUUCUUAAUGUUGAGUUGCAGCGACGGGUGAGUCAGCAGGAAAAUAGGCUUCUGAGUGUGUCUGAUGCAUUGCAUUCCACCUGGCUGCUAGUGUCUGACAUGAAGGAGCAGCAUGCUCAGCUACAUGCCUCUGAGUCCAUCCUGCGUUAUGAACUGAAAGACAAGAAGGAGCUGCUUCAUCGCCUACGGGAGGAGCUAGAAUGCUCUCGUGAACAGUGGCAUAAAAUCAGAAAAAUGAACUCUGAGAGUGAGGAAGCCUGGAAUAGUCUAAGAGAGGAACUGAAUGAGAGGAGACGCAAAGCUAAUGAAGUAGUUUCUCCUGACAGUGAAGGGAAGGAAAAAGAGGAGAUUGAAGGAGCCACUGCAGUUGUACAACCUUCAGAUGAGUUUGAGCCACCCGUGGACCUCUUGUUAGACAUGGCAAUUGAAUAUGGGAUUAUUGAUGCUGAUGAUGAUGCUUCCACAGCCAUGGUAGCAGCUAUGGAGGGGGAAGAUAUGCAUGCAUCUCGCUUAGAGGAUCUGGAAGACCAGUGCAGUUACCUUUAUCAAAAGUUAAUGGCUUCCACAGCAAGAUCUCUGACUUUAGCAUCCAGGUUAACUGCCCUGCACCAACACUAUGGUUCAAGUGAUGAGGAUGAGGAUGAGGAGGAUGAAGAUGAUGAUGAUGAUGACAUGGAUGAUGAAUAUGACAAUCAUGACUAUGAAGAACUUGACAAUAAUGAUAUUCACAAUUUUGAUUCUGAGAUUUUAAGUCCAGAACCUGAAAGUUCAGACACGGCAUACAUGAGUGAGGCAGACACAGGUUCAGCUGCCUCAGGCCUUGCUGGGAAUCUCUCUGAGGAAGAGGGAGCCACAGCUGCAGGAAGUGCUGAUGAAGCUUUUACUGCUAUGGAAGAAGCUACGGAUGUAGAAGGUGAUCUUAGCAAGCGCCUUAUUAAUUUCUUGCCAAAAAAAAUAGAGAUUCUUAAUCAAGAGAACAAGAAGUUGCAGGAGCGAUGUAGGUUGCUUCAGGAAGAGAAGACUGCUUCAGAGACUCACCUAACUGAGAUGCUGGAGAGGGAGCAGAAUCUCAGGCGUGUGCUGGAAGCAAAGCUGGAGCACUUGGGAAAAAUUGUUGAUGAACUCAAGCUUGAACGAAAUGGCAAGAUCAGUGAAGUUGAGGAGGAGCUGAAGCAGAAGGUGGCUUCCCUCAAUCAGCAGGAGCAAGAGUAUGAAUGUCUAAAGGAGGAAGUUGACACCUUGAAGGAACAGCUGGAAGAGCGAGGAAAUCUGCUGCACAUUGCUUCCAGCCGUGUUACUGAGCUUGAAUCUACCCUAAAAGUACAUGAGAAAAGCUCUGAAGAGACAUUUAAUUGCUUGAAACAGGCAGAAGAGCAGGUGAAGGAGUUGCAGAUUACUCAUAGUAAACAGAACCAAGAGCAUGAGAAAAUGAAGAAAGAAAUAGAGACCCUGACUGUACAACUUGCAGAUCUCAGAUUCCAGGUUUCCUCUAAAGAUAUGGAGUGUGAUGCUGCAAUCAAGGCAGACCAAGAAAAAACGGAGGCUCUCACUGCUGCUGCUUUGCAAAUCAAUGAGCAAGAGGCUAAGAUUAACCACUUGGAGCAACAGGCAACAACAGAUAAGAAAGCUUGGCAAAAUGAGGUGGAGAACUUGUUAUCUAGGGAGACCAAGCUACAAGAAGACAUCAAAGAAAGGAAUCUUCAUUGCUCUUCCAUUGAAGAGAGGCUCCUGCAGGCUGAGGCAAAGCUGAAGGUGACACAGAACACUCUUACUGAGACCCAGGGUGAACUGAAGUCCACACAGGACAACUCAACUCAACUUUCCAGUGACAAUGAGCAGCUCAGAGAAAAAAUAUUGCAAUUACUAAGGGAGAAGGAUGCCCUGUGGCAUGCUAAUGUGCGUCUUGAGGCGGCAGCAGGUGGUAACCGCACCUGGAUGGAUAACAGCAGUGCCCAGAAGUGCCUUGGCUGUAGUGUGUCUUUCUCCUUGACACGCAGGCGUCACCACUGUCGCACCUGUGGACGUAUCUUCUGUACUGGGUGUUCUGAUAACUGGAUCAUGACCCCUGCAUCCAGCAAGCGUGUAAGGGUAUGCGAUGACUGUUUCUCCGUCCAGGCUGAACUGGCAGCCAUUGUUGCCACUGUUGCCAACACCACGUCAUCAUGGCAUGGAAGUGAUGAAACCUCAGAACAAAGUGCAACAGGAGUUCAGGCUUCUAGUAGUGCAAAGUCACUCCCCAUCACUAACAGACAGCCAAAUGAUGAUGAUUUUGCAGUAAUAUCAGAUGAUGAAGUUCAAAGUUCCAGAUUAUCCUCCAGCCCCAGCAGUGGCUCUCCUCCAAGUAAUCCUGAAGUUGUUCCAGAAACUCGGGCUACAGCAGACAUCCUCACCUUUUCCUCCCUCUCCUCUCAACCACCCACUGAUUUUGAGGCUUGGGUGGGAGCAGGGUCAAGGUCACUGGUGCCUGUUGAGUUACCAGCUGGAGUUACACUUCAAUGGAAUUUCGUCUCUGAACCUAAAUGCAUAUCAUUCUCCGUAUUGCAUCAACCUCCACCACUUAAUAACCAAGAACCAGGAGAUGAGGGAGUUUCAGUCAGUCAGCGAGUGUUGAUUCCUACCACAAGGGUUGCUUCAACUCAAGGUUCUUCAGUAAGAGGUCGCUUAGUGACCAAACAGCCUGGAGUGUACACACUUGUGUUUGACAAUGCUUCUUCAAGACUUUUAUUUUUACAGGUACACUGCUAAGAAAAUAACUUACAGUCUCAGACUUCUUAAACAAAGUGGUGAAGAUUCUAUGUCUCAACAUCCCUCUUCAUCAUCAGUCUCCCACCCAUCACCUUGAUGCUUCUUGUUACUUUAUAAGAGUGAUUUGCAGUUAUUAUGCCUUUUUCAUAUCUAGACCUCAGGAAACAGCUGGUCAAAAAAACUUGAUGCUUAUUGAGAGAAAAGAAAAGAUAGGUUCUUCCCAAUAUAGCAUUGCAGUUAAUUACAUGAAACCUAAACUCAUCUCCAAGUUAUUGUUGGUAGAUUGGUUAUAAACAAAAAGUUUCAGAAAUGUUUUAAUUGCAGUGGUGAAGUUGGAAUCUUUGUUUCGGUAUCUGUAUGGAAGCAUAUGCCAAGCUGCAGGCUCGACUUUGUUUCACUGAACUUUUGAGGUGGAAGAAUAGUUAAAGAGAUUCUUUUCUCAUUGUGCAUAGGAGUUAAAAUGAAGAGGAAGGAUUAGCUAUCUCUUGCUCCGUCCUGCUUUUCUUGCCUUGUGCAAUGUGCAGUGAAUAUGGUGGUAGUUAUCCCAAAAUCACUCUAUUUUUUUAUUCUACAGUUGAUGAAGUUUUCUUUUUUUAAGGAAAAUGCUUUAAUAUUGGUUAGUGUUGUCUUAAGUUUUGCUUUAAUUUACUGGAGUGCUAGAAGUACUCUUAAAGUAUAUGAAAAUCAAGAUUUUCUUUUUAACUGUCAUGGUGCUGCAUGUAGUGAUAUUAUAGAACUAAAAAUAUAACCACUUAAGAAAAUGCAUUUAUAGUAAUUAUAUAGUGAUUUAUUUUCAACAGUGAGGUUAUAUUAUAUCUAGUUGAUCUCCCUAUAUAUUUAAUUGAAAAUGUGAGUUAUCUUUGAAAAGAACUAAGUGGAAUAGAUUACUUUGUAGUGAACCCAGUAAAGACACUAUUUUGAUAUGCACAUAUCAAUUUUUGUAAGCUUGUACACACCAUGGUGUUGAUCUCUAGUUGCUGUUUGCAAGACUUUCAGUAGUAGAACUGGGGAGUGCAGCAUUUUGGUGGUAGUUUGGUUUGAUCAUCCUAAAAGAAGUGUGUGUGUGUGUGUGUGUGUGUGUGUGUGUGUGUGUGUGUGUGUGUGUGUGUG